CCACAUGGCACAACUAGCAUACGCAAUCAGAAGCCAACAGCUUCAUUUUACAGCCAAGGCUUGUGUGCUUAUCUGCAACCAACUGCAGAUCAUGAGCUGCCUUGGCACACUGGAGGCCCUCCAGAAGGAAGCACUCAAGGCAAAGCACACUCAUCAAUAUGGUUCUGGGUUUGUUAAACACAUGGUGGCCAAAAGCUUUCUUCUGUUACAGAAGGAGGGCAUGUAAGGACUCCUUGUCAGGGAAGACCCAUGACUAGACUCUCUUACUGCAGGGCUGGCCACCUUCCCAUCCAUUAAGUGGAUGUGUGCCUGCAAAUUAUGAAAAGCACAAGAGAGGUUUCACCCUACAGUCACCCAGGAGGCAGUGAAAGACCAAAACGAGAUGGGAGUUUCUUACAGGAGUUUCCUGAGUUUGGGAUAGGACCCAGCAUAAAGGAAGGGCAACAGACCUCCGAGGUGGUUUCCGCCCGAGGUUACCUGUUCCACUUCCAUCUCAGCCACUGUCUCGGUGCCAUCUGGACACCACGGUGUCCAAAACUGGAACCACAUGAUGGAAGACUUGCUUCUCCUCUCUUUCUUUAAACAGAGUAGCCAUGGCUAUUGAGUGCGGGUCAGGGGACAGCUGUGCUGGCUGAGGAUCAUGUGAAACCAUCCAUUCCAACAAGAUGUGGAGUACAACAGCCCACAUAACCCUCCACAGGCCCCACAACAGAAUCCUGAGCUACUGACUACCAGAGCAGCACCUGCCCAUGGAUGUAAAAAUAUUUAAAUCAAAAGAGGAAAGGUUAUGCACAUACAUACACUUUUAAGUUGUUUUCCUACUAGAAUUUUCCAAAUGUUUUCUUAAGAUUUUGGCCGAUUUUGCAUCUUCUGAGUCACGCCGCCCGCGCAUCCCUGCAGCCAAGUGCCAUCUGGUGGGAACGACUGUCGAAGGGAUUUGGGAGCAGCAGAAGUAUUCGUUUUCCGGCUAGAGACACAACUGGGUUUAUGAGUCGUAGUAAUUCCCCGCCGUACCCUGCUCUAGCUCCUUUUCACCCUUUGGGGAAAGGGAGAAAUGCCACUGCAGCGCGGGGUGCGGACCGGCGUGUCCCGCAGAAACGCCCCGGGACCCCGCAGCUCCCUCGGGUGCGGCGACCGCAGCAAGCGGCGGCGCAUCCCCUGCUCGCCCCCCGGUCCGGCCGCUCGCCCUGCCGCUGUCCGGCGGGGGCUGCGCCGCGGGGAGCGCCGAGGCCGCUCGAGGGGGCCGGGGCGGGCGCGAGGAGGUUGCUGAGCAACCGGAGCAAAAUGCUCGAUGGUGCCGGGCGGUGGAGGGGAAAAAGAAUCGCAGGGGAAUGAUGCCCGCCGGGGAUGACAGGUCAUGAUGACCGCCGAGGGAACGUGUGUGACAUUCCUGGGUGGUGCAGAAGAACAGAAUCGUAGGCGAAAGAUGCUUGCCGGAGAUGGUCGUUGUAGGGAGUGAAGAUACCCGACAGUCUUGGACGGUGCAGGGGGAGAGAAUCGCAAGGGGAAGGCACCUGCCAGGACCGCCCGGUGAGGGAGAGGACUGCCGGGGAAUGGUGCCCGACGGUCCUGGGUGGUGAAGGGGAUGAGAAGAUGCCUGUCGGGGCCGGGCCGGUGCAGACGGAAAGAGUCGGAGGGAGAAGACGCCCGGCGGUGGCCGAGGCGGGGGCGGGGGGCGUGCGAUUCACUGUGAGCGCAGCCCACCUGCCAGUGCCGGAUGACGGGGAGCCCCUAUAUAUGCCUCCGGGGAGCGCCGGCUGGGCUGAGAGGCACGAGUGGCUGCUGUCGCAUGGCUGACGGGGCGGGCGCGAUGAAGGAGACGGAGGGGGAGCCCUUCUCCUCCGGCAUCAACCUGUCCGCCCGCAGCGUCCCGCCGCCGCUCCCCGGCCCGCGGGCGGCCUGGGCCGGCGCCGUCCUGCUGCUGGCGCUGGUGGGCAACGCGCUGGUGCUGGGGCGGCUGUGCGGCGGGCGGCCGCGCCGGCGGCGGGACCUGCUGGUGGGGCACCUGGCGCUGGCCGACCUGGUGGGCUGCGGGCUGACGCUGCUGCCGCGGCUGGCGGCCGAGCUCCGCGGCGCCGCCGGGCUCUCGGGCCCCGCCGCCUGCAGCCUGCUGCCGCUGCUGCAGCGCUGCGGGCCGCUGGCCUCGGCCCACGGGCUGGUGCUGCUGGCGCUGGAGCGGCGCCGGCCGGCGCUGCCCGCCGGCGGCCUGGCCGCCCUGGGCUGGCUGCUGGCGCCGCUGCUCGCCCUGCCCCACGCCUUCGCCUUCCGCCCGGCCUCGCGCACCGGCGGCCCGCGCUGCCGCAGCGUCUUCGAGGAGCUGCCGCGGUGGCACGACGUGGCCUUCGCCGCCUACGGGGUGGCCACCGGCUUCCUGGCGCCCGCCGGGCUGCUCUGCUGGGCCUGCGCCCGGGGCGCGGCCGGGCCGGGCGCCGCCCGACGGCGGCGACGGCGAGCAGGGGGCGGCGCGGGGCCGCCCCGGCCGCGGGCGCUGCGGCUGCCGAUGGUGCUCACCGCCCUCUUCGUGCUGUGCCGCCUGCCUCGCAGCGCCGCGGAGAUCGGCCUGGCGUCGGCGCCCCGCGCCGGGGGGCGAGACGCGCUGGCGGCGUUGGGCGUCGUGGCGGCCGCCAGCAGCGCCCUGAACCCCUACGCCUGCCUGCUCCUGCACGGCCGCCGGCCCGCGGCGCGCCGCCUGCGCCGGGGCUUCAGCGGCGCCGAGACGGCGUCUGCCGCCGCCUGCUGCUGCCCGGGGCUGGACGGCCGAGGCUCCCGCGGGGACACGUUCCGCCCCUCGCUCCGCCGCCGCGCCGGCACCGCGGGGUCUUCGGGCGUCUGCGGCGGCUCCGGCGCCCCGGGAUCCCCUGGCUCCCCGGGAUCCCCUGGCUCCCCGGGUUCCCCCGGCCCCCCGGGCUCCCCCGGGCUGCUGGCGCCCGCAGCGGCAGGGCCUGAGCCGGCUCUGCGGUGA